GUCCGAUCGUACAGCCUUUUAUUACCGCAGCCAAGCAAAUCCGUUCCAUUCAGCAAGAAGGAGAGAAAAAAUGUGACACGCGGGAAAUGAUGAAUGACACUUCUUGAGAGGUAGAAGCUUGGAGAAAUUUUUGGAAUUUAGUUCCUUCCUCGAUAUCGCAUAAUCUCUCUUUCCUUACUGAAAACGUUCGUGUUUCUGUUACGCCUCACUUUCGCAACGCUGAGGUUUCUACAACGCUAGCGGGACUUGUCGAUCUCCGUGUACCGUAGCAUUGUGAUUCCGCACCUGGUUUAGGACGGAGAUACUCUAUGAAAUUUUCCUGGACAAACUUCCUGGUUGUGCCUUUGUUCUCCAUGCAGGAUGCUUGCGAUUUGGAGACGUGCAUCCAAGCGCACCCAGACCAACGUGGCGAACGAAGAAACGCUGCAACAAGACACUGCAUCGCAAUCAGACAAACAACUUCAAUUUCUCUGCGCCACCGACUACAGACCGCAAUAGAUCGGUGUCCAGUCAGUCAACGUCAUCUGGUGGUUUUUCCUUCGCUUCAAGCUCUGCUGAGACAUUCCCGGGCUUCAUUCAAAAUUACAAAGGUAAACUUGGGGUUUCCCUUCUCCUUUUCGUGCAUAUUUACGCCUGUUAUCCGAUAGUGACAGUCUGCAAGAAUGAAGCUCUCGAGU